AAUUAAUUAGUUAUUUAUUAGAAUGUAUAAAUAUAUAUUAUUAUUACUAUUAAUAAUUGUAAUAAAUGAAAUAAAAGGAUGGAAUACGAAAGAUUAUAUGAAACGUGAACACUCAUUAAUCAAACCAUAUCACAGAGGUACUAAAAUGAGUAUACCUUAUUGGGAUUUUAUGGGAUCAACACUAGUCACUAAUGAUUAUAUACGAUUAACACCUGAUGAGCAAUCGAAAAACGGUGCAUUAUGGAAUACAGAACCAUGUUUAAUAAAUAAUUGGGAAUUACAAAUACAUUUUAAAGUCCAUGGUAAAGGUAAAGAUUUAUUUGGUGAUGGUUUAGCGAUUUGGUAUACAAAAGAUCGUAUGUUAAAUGGACCAGUGUUUGGUAAUAUCGAUUAUUUUAACGGUUUAGCAAUUAUAUUAGAUACGUACAGUAAUCAUAAUGGAGCACAUAAUCAUCAGCAUCCAUAUAUAUCUGCAAUGAUCAACAAUGGUACAUUACAUUAUGAUCACGAUCGUGAUGGAACACACACUCAAAUAGCUGGUUGUGAAGCCAAAAUACGUAAUUUAGAAUUCGAUACACACAUAUCAAUAAAAUAUUUAAACAAUCAAUUGAUUGUAUCAACUGAUUUAGUAAACAAAGCUGCAUGGCAUCAAUGUUUUCAAGUAGAUGGUAUAUUUUUACCAACUGGCUACUAUUUUGGUGUAUCAGCUACCACAGGUGAUCUAUCUGAUUACCAUGAUAUAUUAUCAAUCAAAUUAUAUGAAUUAGAAGGUGAUGAUAAUAAUGAUAGAAGUAAAAUAUCACCAUCAGCAUCGUAUUUUACACCACCAAGAGAUCAUAUAGAAGAUCCAAAACAAUCAUCGUUAACGUCAUCAUUGAGUGGUGUUAAAGUGUUUUUGUUAAUGUUAGUUGGGGCAGUUGUGUUUGUUGCAUGUAUUGUUUUAUCAAUUAUGUUUUAUCAAAAACAACAAGAACAAAAUCGUAAACGUUUUUAUUAAAAAUAUAUACUUGUACUUUGUAUAUGUAAAUUUGUUUGUUUACUCU